ACACACUGAUGCUGGUGGAGAAGGACUGCCUCUCAGUCUGCUUUAAUUCAUCCCAAAGGUGUUCUAUCGGGGUCAGGUCAGGUCAGGUCAGGAAUCGGUGUAGGUCAGUCAAGUUCAUCCACACCAGACUCUGUCAUCCGUGUCUUUAUGGACCUUGCUUUGUGCAGAGUUAAAAACAGCAUCACCAUUUUACAAAGCAAGUUGAGCUUCAGCAUUUGGGCUUUUUGUUGUUUUCAUUGUAUUUGAAAAAUAGGAGCAAAACCUUAGAGUUUGGGGGAUUACCUACUUUCAGUUUUGACUUGCAGUACAGAACUGAUUGUCUUGGUUUUUUUUUUUUUGUAAAUAAAAACUUGUCUUCAGAGAUCGGCAAUUUGCCAUUUUUCUUUGUUAAUUUAAAAUUAAAUUACCUGUUAAAAUAUAAAGAAAGUUCUGCAGUUGGUAUUUGUAGUUUUGUUCUUUACAGUUUCAAUAAAAACCCGAAACAUCCGAGUUUGUUUUCCAAAAUCCUCUGGAACCUUAAUGACAGCAGAGUCCCUCUGUCCGCCGCCAGAGGGCGCUCUUCAGUCGAGACCGCAGCAGCAGAGCGGUGCGCGCGACAGCUUGCACCUUCUUGCUUUUAUUGUGAUGCACGUGCGUGCAAAGAAGGAAGUUCGGGUAGAAAACCUCGCGGUGCAAAGUGGAACCCUUAUGCACGUAGAGCAUUUUAUGUGCAUCAAUGAUGCAGACUGUCUGGCUUUUGAGCUUUAAUUUAGAUUUUUUUUUUGUUUGUUUUUGCAGCCGCUCGGGUGGGAGUGAAGAUGCAGAAACUUCAAGUCUCGGGAGCGCGCGAAGCUGAUGCGCGUCUCUGGUGAAUGCGCAGCUGUGAAGCAACAGGCGGCAAACAUCCCUCGCGCUCUCCGCGGACACGCAGCAACUUGCGGUGAAUGGGAGUUUGACGCACGUGCGGAAAAGGUGCGCUUUCCUCGUCCCGGACAGCGCAAGACGGGACGCCCCCCCACCUCCCUCACACCCUCAGAGGACACACGCAUGCUCGUGCAGACCUCCGCGCGCUGGCCGGCUCUGGUGCUGCCAUGCCCCGGAACCACGGCGCAGACGAGGGCGGCUCCGGGCUCUGGAUGAGGACAUCCCCGGGACACAGAGGCGAGGGCUCGCGGGAUGUGGAGUCCGGGAAGAUGACAAACUGCGCCGGGGACGGCCUCCUGUCGCCCUCCGCCGCAGGUGCCGGCGGGGUGGACAGCCUGACGGGGAAGCAGGCGGCGCGGCUCAGCCUGCUGGGGAAGCCGCUCGUGUACAGCGCGCAGAGCGGCCGGAGGAACGUGCGCUACCGGCGGCUUCAGAACUACCUGUACAACGUGCUGGAGAGACCGCGCGCCUGGGCGUUCAUCUACCACGCGUUCGUGUUCAUCCUGGUCUUCAGCUGCCUGGUCCUGUCCGUCUUCUCCACCAUCCCGGCUCAUCAGGAAUUCUCGUCCUACUGCCUGCUCAUUCUGGAGUUUGUGAUGAUUGUGGUGUUUGGGUUCGAGUACAUCAUUCGCAUCUGGUCCGCUGGAUGCUGCUGUCGCUACAGAGGAUGGCAGGGACGCUUGCGCUUCGCCAGGAAGCCCUUCUGUGUCAUAGACAUCAUCGUGCUCAUAGCCUCAGUGGCUGUCGUGUCAGCAGGCAGCCAGGGAAACAUCUUUGCCACCUCAGUCCUGAGGAGCCUGAGGUUCCUGCAGAUCCUGCGGAUGGUGCGAAUGGACCGCAGAGGCGGCACCUGGAAGCUGCUGGGCUCAGUGGUCUACGCUCACAGCAAGGAGCUGGUGACCGCCUGGUACAUCGGCUUCCUGGUUCUGAUCUUCGCCUCGUUCCUCGUCUACCUGGUGGAGAAUAAGUUCAACAAGGACUUCGCCACCUACGCCGACGCCCUGUGGUGGGGCACGAUCACCCUGACAACCAUCGGUUAUGGAGACAAGACACCAAAGACGUGGACGGGCCGCAUGCUGUCAGCCGGCUUCGCCCUGCUGGGAAUCUCCUUCUUUGCCUUACCAGCAGGCAUUUUGGGCUCAGGUUUUGCCCUGAAGGUUCAGGAGCAGCACAGACAGAAACACUUUGAGAAGAGGAGGAACCCAGCAGCCUACCUCAUCCAGUGUGUUUGGCGGAGUUACUCUGCGGAUGAGAAUUCGGUCUCCAUAGCAACCUGGAAGCCUCACCUGAAAGCCAUGCAUACCUGCAGCCCAACAAAGAAGGAGCAGGGGGAGACGAACACAAGUAAAGUUUAUAAUAAUAAACAGAAGCUACUGAGGAGGCGUACCACAUGGAAACAUAGCCAGAAGUUGAGCUUCAAAGAGCGCGUGAGGAUGGCGAGCCCCCGAGGUCAGAGCAUCAAGAACAGGCAGACGUCCUCCAUGAACGACCGCCGCUCUCCGGUGGCCGACGGCGGCGCAGAAGGCACGAGUCCCGCCAAGGUUCAGAAGAGCUGGAGCUUCAACGACCGCACUCGCUUCAGGCCGUCGCUCCGCCUGAAAAGCGCCUCCCGCUCCACCACAGACGACUCCAGCAUGGCAGGAGACGACGGCUUCGAUGACAAGGGCUGCCACUGUGACCUCUCUGUGGAGGACCUGCUGCCGUCAGUCAAGGCCGUCAUACGAGCUGUCAGGAUAAUGAAGUUCCACGUGGCCAAGAAAAAGUUCAAGGAGACGCUGCGUCCGUACGACGUGAAGGACGUGAUUGAGCAGUACUCAGCUGGACACCUGGACAUGCUGUGUCGCAUUAAAAGCCUGCAGACCAGGGUUGAUCAAAUCCUGGGGAAAGGACAGAUCCCCUUGGACAAAAAGAUCAGAGACAAGCUUCUGUCGGACGGAGACCUGCUGGAGGACAUGAGCAUGCUGGGCCGCGUCUGUAAGGUGGAGCGGCAGGUCCAGUCCAUCGAGUCAAAGCUGGACUCCCUUCUGGACAUUUAUCGUCAGGUGUUGCGUAAAGGCUCCUCGUCGGGUCUCACGCUCUCCUCGCUGCCGCUGUUCGAGCUGGAACAAACCUCCGACUACAAUUCCCCCGUCUUCAGCAAGGACCUGUCCACUCCUUCUCAGCUCAGCAGCAGCGGAGCGCCCCCCACCGGUGGAUUUGUCACUCGCUCCUCCACCAACGCCCACCUGUCCCAAGGGGGGCUGCGCCUCAUUAUGGGCCCUCCGAACGACUUCACGUCCUCCUUCACGCCUUCUUCUGGACUCGCCUCUUCCUCCUUUAGCCCAUCACCAUUGCCACAUCAUCAUCAUCAUCACACGCAGGCUCAGCCGGCCACACCUGAGAGCGGCACCGAUGAAGCCGUGGCCAACUCUCCCCCCACCCUCACCCCUAACAGCACCUGCAGCUCUAUGGGCAGAGGGCUGGGGGGAGGAGCUUUUCCCCUCCUGGCGAGGAUUCCCCCGCCCCCCAUCACCCAAAGUGGGGACUCCAGUAACCCGGUGACCUCUGUGGACACUUCCCCUGAACUGGAGGACUUCUGUGGAGAACUCAAGGGGGCAGAGAUGAAGGGCGGCAGAGAGGGGCUGAGCCUUGAGCUGGGGCUGAGGGGACUGGCCCUUCAGGGGGGCCCCAACAGCAGGAUCAAAGCAAACGAGGUUGGCUCCUGGAGGAGGCAAAUGAGCUUGGAGCUGGAGCCCCUGGUCCCCCCAGCCCCCAGCUGCUGCCCCGCAAACCCGCAAACGGACCAGGGACUGGGCAAGUCCGUGUCGGUGCAGGACCUGAUGCAGGUCGCCCCCCACCACGGCGCUCACAACAGCCUGUCGUCCCCCAGCUCAAGCAGCGACUCCCCCAUCUGCUUCCACAGCUGCGGCCAGGACCCCGGGGGUGGCGGUGACACGGGCCGGAAUGGUGGGGGCGGGUGGGCAGAGGAGGACCUCUUCAUCAGUGACAGGGACAUCGAGACCCCGGGGUUCGACUUCCUCCCCCAGCGGACGACCCAACAAGUGUUCCCAUCGCAGCUGCUGAGGACAGAAGGCAAGGGGGGGGCAGGGUCCCAUGACUCCAACCAAAACCUGGCCGGCGGGAAUCCUUCCUCCCCCCCCACCGACAGUACUGAACUGCUGGCCAUGCCUCACGUUCGGCUAAAAUAAAAGAAAUAUCUGUCAGCUCAGACAUUUUUGAAGGGAGGUGGGAAUAAGGACUGGGGGCAGGCGGGGGGCGUGUCUUCAGUAGGUUCAAAGUUCACAGUAUUUUCACAUGAGCUCGUGUGUUCAGCUCGAAAAAACACAGACUUAAGGAUCUUUAGUGUUAAACUUUAUUUUUUUAUUUUUUUAAGUUGGUCAUUUCUUUUUCAGAUUUAUGUUCUUUCUCACAGAUUCCAAUCGUCUUUUGAUCUUCAUUUUAUGAUUGAGCCGUUUUUAGCCAGAAAUCAAAAAGACUCCUGUUGUUCUCUAAGACAUAGUUUCUGCAGAGCGGCAAUGUUUUAUCAGAAAUUCGUUUUCGAGUUGCAGGCAGGACUGUCGGUGCGGAGCAACACCGCCCCCCUUCCUGUCAGCCCACCGUUGACUGUUUACACUCUUCCGCUAGCUUACAGCCCCCACACCCUAAAGCUAACAUUAGCGGUGCAACAGACAUGGAGAGCAAUACUGAAACGAGUUUAGAGCCAGAUUCCAGCUCAGACGUACGGAUCUAUUCGUCUACCAGUGCAUCAGAAUGGAGCAGAGCGGGGAGCUUAAGACCCCCCCCAGGGUAUUUUUUACAUCACAAAUACAGUUUUUUGUCUAACAGCAUUUUGGGUGUCUGCUCCUGAUUUACAAUUGAAAUAAAAAUAUACUCAGAAAUCGAAUUUUUCCUAAUAAACAUCCAAAGACACCAGAGUGGAGUCUGUAAACCGUUGAAGCCUGAAGAGAAAAUAUAAGAUUUCUAAAUAUUUUAUAUUUAAUGUUUUAAGGCUGAGAAUCGCACCAGAACUUGAACUAAAACCGCCGAACUCUGCAUGUCGGACAGAGGAGAAGCAGUAAUAAUUCACCAGCUGAGCAGGUACUUGAUCCAGUUUCAUUGGUUGGUACCGUUUGAUUGGAGCAUGAAGGUCUAAACGAAGGACGCUGAUGUUUGAAGUCGCGCCGUCGGCGGAUCUGUACAAAGUACCAAACUGGAGCUUCACCUUUUUAUUCCAUAUCACAGCCUUUAUUAAAUAUCCACUGAUGUUC